AUGCUGCCUCAACGGGUCCUCCGCUCUCGCUGGGCGCCGUGGUGGCCCGCACUUUCAGUUUCGAUCCUCGCCAGUCUCAUCCUUCUCUGCCAUGUCACGGCCCUGCUGAGCGGAAAGUGCGACCGCGAGCAAGAUGGAAGGGUCGAGCGGGCGUACGUCACGGAGAUCAGCCUAACGACCGAGACGCCCCCAGAGAGCUACAUCUGGACCUUGGGGGUCAUCCUCGUUUGGGUCCUCUUCCUGGGCCCCGGGGCCUGGCUUCUUCAUGAGGUUCUCUGGGAGUACCCGCUGGGCUACGUCUUGGCUCUGCCAGUGCUUCUGGCGGAAGCCCUGCUCGUCCUGGGCACCCUCUGCCUAAUGGGCCUG